AUGACAAUUCUUCGACGAACUCACAAUGAUCACGUCCCAUUGGCUCCAGCUUGUGAAGACGCUGGCAUAGAAAGUGACGCGUCCAGCAGCAAGGUGCAUUCGGCUGUUCCUCCUCCUCCAAGACGCCUGAAAAAGCGCAGAUGGUCUUUCAGCACUGCGAGAGAAGAGAUGGAGGAUUGGUUGCUGGUGGCGGCCUGUGUUGCCUUGGUCUUGGUCUGUUUGUUGUGGUUUCUCGGAAAAGUGCUGGCUGUUCUCUCGUGGUUAUUCUUGCCUCUUUUGGAUUCCAUCGUGACUUUUGUCGUGGAACACAGUGGUCGGCAUCACCAGCAUCAGCAUGAGCAUCUGCAUUCCCAGGGUGCAGAAGCCUUGAAAGAGACACUCCCUCUGAACUCAGCUUAUGCCAUCCCCCAUGCCCAUCCUGCCGUGGGAGACAGAAGCCUUGAAUAUGCCAUUUUGAGACAGGAAAUUGACUCCUUAUUCCCUGAAGAUCACAAACGAUCGCUUCUAGCCGUUCAGGAACUUCAGGUACACAAGCACUUACAAGUGGCUCCUACCAUUCCAGUCAACAAGAACCAGCACAACAGCGAUCAGCUUCCAAAACCUCUCUACGAUAUCUACAACUGCCCACCUCAACCUCCCAAAGGUUAUCCCUUUCAGUGGAAACUCACAGACUUGGUCGAAAACUGGAACCCCGAAGACACGCAGGUCCCUCAAAUGAUAUACAACGGACUCUGUGUCUUUGACUACCAAAAAGACUUGGACACGGCAAUGACGUAUCGAAAUGCAGAACUACCCUUUGUCGUUGUCGAUGAUCCGCGCAUUGAUGCAGCCGCGGAACGAUGGAACAUUCCUGGAUACAUGGACCGAAUGUUGGGAGACGUCCGUCAUCGGACCACCAUGUCCGAGACAAACCACUUCUUGUACGCCAUACCACCGCCUCCAGGUGGAAGAGCACAAAUGAGAGGAGGAAGGAAACAUCGACGCACUGCACCGCCUGGUUGGACAGAGCCCACGGAAGCCACCAGAAUGAAAUACUCUACUUGGUUGGCACAUGCAAAUGUCACCGAUGAAAAGUCUGCACCCGAUCAGCCACAUUGGUACUACCGACUCAUUGGCUGUGGAUUGACUGGACCCGAUGGAUCUUGUGACCAGGGAUCAUCCGAAUACCUUUACGAUGAGCUACCCUUCUUCCAACCCACUCCGGGAGGCUUGUAUCUGCGGGAUGCCGAAAAGCAAAAGGGAAUUCAUUGUCGCUUCGGACAGAAAGGAAUUGUGGCAGACAACCAUUUUGAUGCCGGCCGAAACACCAUUGUCGUACUCGGUGGAUCCAGACGAUACAUGCUUGCUUCGCCAGACCAAUGCCCGAACAUGGCACUCUACGAAAAGAACCAUCCUUCCGCUCGACAUUCACAAGUCAACUGGAGUGAUCCAAUGGAUUGGGAAAACUUCCCGCAGUUCAAGCAAGCUCUGGGCAAUGAAGUCGUACUUCAAGCAGGCCAGGCGCUUUAUCUGCCUAAUAACUGGUUCCACCACAUCAUUUCACUCGACCUCAACUUUCAAUGCAACACUCGAAGUGGAAGGGGACAGGAAUACAUGCAGGAGAUUUGGGACUGUGGCUUUGACGAGAUCUAG